GCACUUUGAAAUAAAAUGCAAACUGCAUCACGAUUCUUAUGUUUGACAGUUUCUCAUAUUUAAAUUAGUAGAGCCCAACAUGCUCUGUGUUGAACACUUGAACCAAACUCUAUCACGAUUUGUUAUUCACUUUCUUGUAUUGUUUGCAGAUUGCUAAGUGAUGGAAUCCUUAACAGUCCAUUCAACUGCGCAAGGGAAAGGGAGGAGUGAAAGAGAUGAGACUGAUUCAGAGAGUAACUCCUUCGACAAGAAUGAUGAAAUGUCUGAGGAUGAGAUGACGGUGCUAGGUGGGAAAGAUGCCAAUGUUGUUAGAGUUGAUGAAUCUGAUGGUAGUGGAGAUGUGAAUAGAGUCAAGAAAAGACAUAAAGGGGUGAAUAAACCAGUUAAGGUUGAGGGGGGCAGCAAAGGCAAAUCCAAGGUUUGGGAGGUUUUUGAUAAGGUGAAUGUGCCAAACCCGGCCGAUAAGGAGAAUCCAUUACUAAAGGCAAAGUGCAAAUAUUGUAAAAAGCUUUAUAGUUAUGCACAAGGGUCAACAACAACGACAUUGUCGAGGCAUAUGAAGAACUGUGACAAGUAUCAAAAGCAUAUCGAACAGAAGCUUGAUCAGUCUCUAUUGAACUUUGCUCCUUCAAUGACAGGUGAAUCUGGAUCUGGUCUCCCUACUAUCUCAUCACCUAAAGAUUAUAAUCAUGAGCAAGUAAAAAAAUUGAUUGCCAAAAUGAUCAUAGUUCAUGAAUACCCAUUUAGAAUGGUUGAGCACACAUGGUUUAAUAUUCUCAUGAAGUAUAUGAAUCCGUUGUAUGAAUUUGUUGGUAGGAAGACCAUAAGAGCUGAAUGUUUAAAGAUUUAUGAGUCUGAAAAGGAAUCAUUAGCAAAGGUCCUUAAAGGUGUGGAUUUCAUUUCCUUAACCACUGAUUUGUGGACAUCUAAUCAAACCUUGUCCUAUAUGUGUUUGGUUGCACAUUACAUUGAUAAAGAUUGGAAAAUGCAAUAUUGUGUGCUGAAUUUUUUUGAGUUAGACCCUCCACACAAAGGAUAUGUGAUAGGACAGGCUGCUUAUGAAUGUGUUACUGCAUGGAAAAUAGAAGAUAAGAUUGUUUCCUUCACUCUAGAUAAUGCUGCAAACAAUGAUAGUGCUAUACGGGGUUUGAGGGCUAGAUUUGCAGCUAGACAGGGGAAUGCUUUCAUUGCAAAAUACUUUCAUGUCCGUUGUUGUGCACACAUAAUCAAUUUGGUUGUCAAUGAUGGAAUAACUGCAUUAGCUUCUUUGAUAGAAAACUUAAGGUUAAUAGUCAAGUACCUUAAGAAGUCUCCAUCUCGCAUGCAUAAGUUUGUAGAGAUAUGUAGAUCUCUUGCAUUGCAAAUUGGAGAAGGGAUGAGACUUGAUGUGCCAACUAGGUGGGGUUCAACAUACAAGAUGUUGCGCACAAGUAUAGCUUACAAAGAAGCUAUUAAGACAUAUGCUGAUUCAGAUUUGAACUAUAAGUGGGAACCUACAACUGAAGAAUGGGAUUUGUUUGUUGCAAUUGAGCCAAUUCUAGCCUCUCUAACUAAAGUAACCACUGCAUUGUCAGCUUCUUCUUACCCCACUGCAAACCUAUUCUAUCCUCACAUUGUGGAUGUCAAAAUUGCAUUGAGAUCAGCAAUGGGUUCUACUAAUUUAAAUAUGAGAAAAAUGGGUAAUGCAAUGAUGGAGAAAUUCAAUAAGUAUUGGGAAGAAAAGAACAAUGUUAUGGUCAUUGCUACUAUCCUAGAUCCAAGGUAUAAGAUGAGAUAUAUUGAGUGGUGCUUUGGUAAGAUUUUUGAUACAUACCAAGUUGGUAUUGAGAUAGAAGAAGUUAGAGGUGAAUUAGAAAAGUUGUUUGAAGACUAUGAGAUGCAACAUAGAGAGAGAAAAGCUGCUCAAAGCAAGCCUAGUGCAUCUUCAUCCUUGACCACAGAUAGAUCAUGCAGUUUGCCUUCUGCUUCAUGUGAGUUUCAGUCAUACUUAUCAUCUACUGAAGCGAACCCAUCAAAGAGUGAGUUGCUCAUCUAUUUGGAUGAAACAAAUGUGAGUUUAGCUGACAAGGAGUUUGAUUUGCUUAACUGGUGGAAGGUUAACUCACAUAGAUUUCCAGUGGUGUCGAGGAUGGCAAAGAAGUUCUUAACUGUUCCAGCUACAUCUGUUUCUUCUGAGUCUACUUUUAGCGCUAGUGGUCGAACUCUAGAUGACUAUCGUAGCUCUCUAAGCCCUUCUACGGUGGAGGCAUUGAUAUGCUCCUCUAGUUGGAUUCGAGGUGCACAUGAUGGGAGUUUUACAUAUGUGGAGCAAGAGGACGAUGUUGAAAACAUUUCAUUUCCAAAAAGUUUGGUGGAGAGCAACUAGAUUAUCCUUUUCAACAGCAUGGAUGAACUGUUCUGUAAUCUACUUUUUAGUUUUUGGAUGAAGAACUAUGCAAAUGCAACUAUGCAAGUAUCUGUUCUGUUUAGACUUUAGACAAUAUAUGCUAUCAUGUUGGCAUGCUGGCAUGCUGCUUAUUCUGGACUUGAGAGUAUCUGUUCUGGACAAUAUAUGCUAUCAUAUUGUUUUA